ACCUCCUCUCGGCACACUAUUCCAUGUGAAGCGCUUUUAAAAAGUAUGUAAUUAAUUUUUCAUAUGAGUUGUGCCUUUUUGUGACAGCCGAUGGUGCUGCGCCUGGUAGCGGACGGCUGUUGUUUUGCAAAGAGUCAAAAGUGCCGAUUUGAGAGCUCUUCCUCUCCGCCACAAGGUUUAAUGUGGAAUGGUGCCUUGGACUGCUGAACAUUGACAACAUUCUCUCCUCCCACCUGCUGCUGCCUCACCUCUUCACCCUGAUGGCCACUCGUUUCUUGGGCAGGUAUGCCCGCCUCAUUGCUCGGGUCUCCUCUCAGACUCGAGCUGCCCGCCCGUCUCCGUCAGCAGCCAAGAUGGUUGAGCUUCAGAGGACUCAGUACUGUGCGUUGGUCUCCACGAGGUCGUUCUGUGAGGGCAGGCUGAUGGCAAAAGAUGAUGCGUUCCCAAGUGUGCCGACUCGCACGCAGCUGGACGAGAUGGUGGAGAAGGCGACUGCACCAGAGGAAAUCUUGAGAGCCUGGGAACAACAUGGAGGAAAUGCUAAUCAAGCUGCCAGUACUCUGUUGGCUUGGACUAAGUUGAUGCAGAGGACGCAGAGCAAGUUUCACCAGAACACUUCUUCUGGGAUGGAUCCAAGGCUGCGGGACAUAAUGGAUACUAUAACAGACCACACACCAACCGUAUGGAACAGCACCCUUGUGUCUGUCUUGCGAGCGCUCUGGGUUAUCGGCGUCCCCAACAAUGAUCCGGUUUUGGGUUCUAUCCAAACAGAGGUCAUGUGGCGAAUCCGUAGGCUAAACUACAAGCAGGUAGCCUUCCUGGCCGAGUGGGGGACAGGCAGAAAGGGGCAGCAGGAUGUGGCUAUCGUGAACGCUGCGCUAAAACAGUUGGAACUACGCUGGACUGAAAUCUCUGAUGCCAAAACUGUCAGCGCACUCAUCUCCAAAGGACAAUACAUGUCGCCUACGUUGAUGGACAGGCUAGAAGACAAGGCUUUGGAGCUUGCCGAAAGCUUUUCAGCGGAGGGAAUUUGCAAAGUGUGCGUGUCUUUAGCUACCAUGGGCCGCAGAUCUGUGCCCCUACUCCGCGCUCUGUCCUACCAUCUGCUACAAAGGCCGUCAUCAGAAUUCACCACCUCACUAAUACUGCAUAUGGGCUUUGCAUAUGGGAAGCUGAGUUUCCACCAGUCUCAAGUAUUUCAGCGAAUGGCCUCAGAGUUGAUGCCCAGAGUCUCUGAACUGACGUCUAGCGAUGUCACCCGCUUUGCAAAGUCCCUGGGCUUCCUCAAAUGGCUUCACAUCCCGCUCUUUGAGGCCUUUGCAGAGCACUAUGUGGCGCACAGUAAGAAGUACAGCAUUCUGCAGCUGUGUAACCUGCUCAUGACGUUUGCCAGACUGGGCUUCCAGCCUAGCAAAGGAGAAAAGUUCUUUGACAAGGUUCAUCCUGUGAUGGAGGACUCCCUCUCAGGCCUGGAGCCUUUCCUGAAGACAGAUGUUGCAUGGUCGCUGUGUGUGCUGCAGCAAGCCAGGCCUCACUAUCUAACCCCCCUCAUGCAGCAGGAACAUAUCGCAAAGCUCUCGGAGGGCAGUCCUGCUCGAGUGGAGAACUACCGACUAAAGCUCCUCCACCUCGCUGCCACGCUGCACUUAGAGCAUCCCGAAUCGUCAGAGCCUGCAGCUACCUCAUCCAUCAUGAACGCUCUGCCUGCUACAGCCAGUACCUCCUCACUUUCCCCACUGCAGAGCAGCCUGAGAGAGGCUUUGCACACUUUCGUGGGUGGGAGGAAAGAGAUGCAUCGCACUGGGGUCAGCACCGUAUAUGGAUGGACUAUUGAGGGUGAGGUGGUAAUAGACUGUGACAUCAAGCCCAUUGAAUUAUCUAAGAUGAAAGCUCCUCAUCUUCUUAGUGGAGGAGGACAGCAGACGUUACCUGAAGGGUCACGACGGAUCGCUUUCUUGACUUGGGAAUUCCCCAACUUUGGCUCUAAGAGUAAAGACCUACUGGGGAGGUUUAGCAUGAUGAAGCGACACCUGCAGCUGGCUGGCUUCAUCACAGUGGAUGUUCCAUAUUACGAGUGGUUGGAGCUCAAGACGGACCAUCAAAAGUUGGCGUACCUCAAGGACAAGAUGUGGAAGGCUGUGGCCGAGGACAUGGCCAAGUGAACCGGGUAGUCUUGAUCACAUUUGCAGGCUCAACUAAAUCGAAGCUUUCCCACACAAAUGGGACCACAGGGAAUAGAAACACAUGUUCAUAUGCAGAGCAGUGCAGCAUUGCAGAGGAGCUCUAAAAAGAACGAUACACAAUAUAUAAAUAUAUAUAUAUAUUCACUGUGGUUCCCGUGGCAACGUGUGGGGCUUUCCCUGUUUCCAUGGAGAUGGCAGCAAGAGUUGUGGAGUCAGAAAUAAACCCAACAAGCUUUAAGUUGUUGCAUCUGUGAAGGACUUUUUAUUAUACAGUAGAAGUAAUUGUCCAACAUGUGCUAUGCAGGAGCUUUCAAUGGAUGGUAAUAAUGAAUGUGAGUGGAGUCAUCUUGUGUUGGAAUAAAAUAUUUUAUUGCUAGUUGUGUCGUCGU